AUGGCAAUGUGUCUCACAGAGGGCCUAGAGCAACAGUUCAACACGGACCGCAAAGAUGGUUCAUUUGCAUUCUUCUUUUGCGAGGCAAACCACGACACGCAGAACACCGCUACAGCCAUUCUCAGAGGGAUCUUAUGGCAGCAAAUUCGCCAAAAUCCAAUACUGCAGGACUGGCUGAUUGGGAGUGAGCGGUUCACAUCGAAAGUUCGAAUACUGAUUACUAGUCGGCCUUACUACGAGAUUGCCUCAUGCCUAGGUUUCUUUCCUUCGAGAGAUAUUGCUACCUUCGUUGAGGAAAGGAAGACGGAUAUCCAGUUAUUCAUCCGACAGAAGGUUGGCGAUCUCAGCACGCGGAAAGGGUAUCAUGACAAGAUGAAGGAUCAAAUCCAGGAAAUACUAGAAGCAAAGGCUGAUGAAACUUUCCUAUGGAUUGGGUUGACAUGCGAUGAGUUGAAGAAUGUCGACCUACAAGACACUCUGGCCUUUCUCAAUAAUCUCGCCCCUGCACAUAUGAGACUCAGAGAGGAGAUUUCUACAUGGGGCGACUUCAUACCAUACUGUUCUCAAUUCUGGAUGGAGCACGCUCACCUGAGUGGGAUGGUCUUUGAUCCCGCCAAAGUCACAGAAACCCAUUUCCUUACGCUCGACUCUCCAUCCCGAGAUUUAUGGCUGCGCACAAUGGGGAAUACCGAGCUUGGUGGAUUUUGCGCUCGGUAA